CGUUUAUGCCUCUUCUGCGAAACGACACCAUUUUUAGUAAUUGCUUCCACUUCCACUCAUCCACUCUUUUCUGGCAAACCCUCGUAAAACCCUAGUUUUUUGCCAUUUCCAGCCCUCCUUGCAAAACCAUCGCAAAACCCUAAUUUCUUCCAUCUCUCUCUCUCUCUCCAAAACGAUAGCGUCCGUUCAUAUUCUUCGACGAGGAUCUAGAUAUCAAUAUCCUUAAAUCGCGUUAUCCGAUUGGAAGAAACUCCAAAUCUCAAGCGUGAGAUCUCAGGGUAUUUCAAAGUUCUUGCGAGUCUACAUAAUUCCAUGGAUCACAGUUCAGGGGAGGAUUCAGAAAUAAGUGACUCUGAGAUAGACGGCUACAAAAUCAAAUUAUAUGACCAAUUGAAGACAGGGAAGCCUAAAGUAAAAUAUUCAGAUGUCUUUUUUAGAUGCCCUUUCUGCAUGGGGAAAAGGAAACAAGAUUUCCAUUACAAGGACCUCCUUCAACAUGCCACAGGGGUGGGGGCAUCCAACAGGAAGGCGAAAGAGAAGGCAAGCCACCUAGCCUUGUCGGAAUACUUGAGGAAGGACCUUGCUGAUGCAGCUGGUCCACAAAUACCUAAUGUUGCACCAGAACCUCCUGCCAAGCGGUCCAAGCUGGAUAAUGAUGACCAAUUUGUUUGGCCUUGGAUGGGAAUAGUUGUCAACCUUCCAACAGAGUGGAACGGUAAGCAGUACGUUGGGGAAAGCGCAAAUAUGGUUAAAAGUCAGUUGUCGAAAUUCCAUCCCGUGAAGGUUCAUCCAUUAUGGAACAUCCGAGGUCAUACGGGUAAUGCUAUAGUGGACUUCAAAAAGGACUGGAGUGGGUUUAAGGAUGCGAUGGCGUUUGAGAUUUGUUUUGAAGCUGAUCAUUAUGGUAAAAAGGACUGGAAUGACCGGAAGCACCGUAGAUCAGACAUCUAUGGGUGGGUUGCACGCGCUGAUGAUUACAAAUCAGGGUGUCCUAUAGGGGAUCAUUUACGUAAAAGUGGAGAUUUGAAAACGGUCUCUGAUAUCCAGAAAGCUGAAGCGCGUAAAAACGUGAAACUUGUGGAAAAUCUAGCCAACCAAAUUGAUGUAAAGAAUAGGCACCUCAAAGAACUGGAAUGCAAGUAUAGUGAGACCAGUUUAUCUCUAAACAGGAUGAUAGAAGAGAGAGAUAAGUUACAUCAAACCUACAAUGAAGAAAUGAGAAAGAUGCAGGAAGCUGCACACAUGCAUUCUCGUAGGAUUUUGGAGGAGACUGAAAUGCUCAAGCUUGAGUUGGAAAGUAAGAGGAAAAAACUUGAGAAGCGACGCAGAGAAUUGGAUAAGCGCAAUUCACAGAAUGAUAUUGAAAGAAGGAAACUUGAAAAUGAGAAGAAAAAGAAUGAUAUGAAUAAUAGUUCUCUUCAAAUGGCAACUUUGGAGCAGAAAAGAGCUGACAAGAAUGUUUUAAGGCUCGUGGAAGAUCAAAAGAGGGAAAAAGAGGCUGCUCUUAGCAAAAUACUUUACUUAGAAAAGCAACUGGAUGCCAAACAAGCAUUGGAAUUGGAAAUCGAGCAAAUGAAAGGGAAGUUACAAGUGAUGAGGCAUAUGGGAGAUGAUGAUUCAAAUCAGAAGAAGGUGGAAGAAAUGAGCGAAGAACUUAAAGAGAAAGAAGAAGAAAUGGAAGGCUUGGAACAGUUGAAUCAAGCACUUAUAGUCAAAGAGCGCAGGAGCAAUGAUGAGCUACAAGAAGCUCGUAAAGAGUUAAUUACUGGUUUGAGUGACAUGUUGAGUGGCCGUACAUUAAUUGGCAUUAAGAGAAUGGGAGAACUAGAUGGAAAACCUUUUUUUGCAGCUUGCAAGAAAAAAUUUCCAGUAGAAGAAGCAGGAGUCAAAUCAAUGGAGUUAUGCUCCUUGUGGGAAGAUCAUUUAAAAAACCCAGAAUGGCAUCCUUUCAAAAACAUCAUUGUUGGAGAGAAAGUUGAGGAAAUAAUAAAAGAGGAUGACGAAAAGUUAUCGGGGCUAAAGAAUGAAUGGGGUGAUGAGGUGUGCGAGGCCGUAACCACAGCCUUGCUUGAGAUAAACGAGUACAACCCUAGCGGUAGGUAUGUAGUACCAGAGCUCUGGAGUUUCAAAGAAGGAAGAAAGGCUACACUAAAGGAGGUUGUGCAAUAUGUAUUGAAGCAAUGGAAGAUCCAUAAGCGCAAGACAAAGUGAAGGUAAAGAAAUAUGUCUGUGGGCAAUAGUAAAGACUAAAGUCUACAUAGAUGACGGUCUUGGCUAGCCAAAAGGCCACUGUUAUGGUGGAACCCAUCUCAAAAGACUUGGGUGAGGUUGGUAACUGGGUAUAUACAUGGUGUCGUUUCAAUUCAAAUACUGUGAUGCUUGCUUGCAGUUGUAAAUAUGAUAUGCGUCUCAGUUACAUAGAUCAUGGUUUCACUAUCAAAACAAAAGAUAAACAACAGAUUAUCCUUCAAAAAAAAAAGACGAAAUAAAUAAAGAAAGAAAAAGAAAAGAACAAGAAAAACAACAGAUUUUACAAAACAAAGUGAGAAACAGUUUGAUGACAGCAUUGUGGAACUGAACACCUCCCUCACAAUUGCAUUUUGUUUAUUGAUACCAUA